CCACUCCCCACUCUUCCCUCCCUCUGAAGUGAACAACCAUGAGCGCUGCUCAGCUCUUCUUCCCGCUUCCACCAAACCUUUCAACCUUCUCCACUACACCUUCUUCACAAGCCCUUUUCAUCAUUUCGUUUGCUAAGCCAAUUUCCAACAACCCCCAUUUCGUUAAACAAAGUGUAAGUUCAAAAAAGCGGGCGGAUUUCAGGGCAUUCGCGGACGACGGAGAUGCUGACGGCGGAGGACCAGAUGACUAUGACAUGGACGAGGAUGAAGUGGAAGAAGCCGAUAACAAGAAAGAUUUUGAUGUUGACUAUGAUACCCUCUUAGGUGGUGCUUCUUUAGCUGUUGCUGCUACUGGUGAUGAAAUUGCGAUGGUUCAUAGCAGUAGCUUUGUGUUUACUCAAGGAUGGGACUCCGAGAAAAUCGUGGACUAUAGAAUUAAUGAGGAGGAGUUUCAUAAAAUUAGCCUCCUUGAUUGUGAUUUCUUCAUUCGUAAACCUCCUGACCCUGAUAAUGAUGUUUAUGACUUUCGUGAGAUGUAUGUUACACCACCAGAUACCGAUAUAUAUGCCAUUCCCAGAGUUCUUGCACCAAUGCCUCAGAAGUAUAUUAGGUGUGCGAUGAGUGAUUAUGGGUGCUACAACGUGACAGAGCCUCCCAUUGAUGCACCUAGAGAUCCUAUGUAUAAAUCAGAUAGGGAAGUUUUGAAGGUAUUCUUAACAAAGCACUAUAGAAACCGCAGGGCUGGUGAUCCAGAAUUUGCUCUUGAUUUUGAAGAAAUAUACGUUAUUGAUUCGAAAACCAAAUCAAUCACCAGAGCCAAAGUAGUGGUAACAGUUCCCGGAGGAAGAAACAGGGACAGGAAGAAUGAUUUGCUUGUCAUUCGUGAUAGUGGGAACUCGUUCAAAAUUAUACCAUCAGAGGAAAGAGAUGAUCCAACCACUGUGAUAGAGAAAGAGGAGUGGAAGAAGUCAAGGCAAGACAUGGAAAGACACCUUAGGAAGCUAAGGGACUUCAGUGUUUCAAAUUGGUUUUAGUUGGUGAAUGAAUAUCAUCGUCAAAUAUUUAUGCGCUAGUUGGCCUUAUAAUUGCUGGAAGAGCUGGAAGGAUUGAAUACACUAGUAGCAAGGAAACAACUGGGUUGACAUAAAAUUGUUCAUGUUGCUGAUUGAGCCAAUGGCUUCCAAAGUUCAAAAUCGUAAACGUUCAUUGUCAGUGCUAGUAUUGGCUUAUGAAAAUGAUCACAGUAUGAAGGUUUAGGAUGGAGUUUAGGUAGAAGGGUCUCUGCAAACUUGAAGCAACAGCAUUAUGCAGGGAAAGUCAUCGUCUUCGAAAUAAAGAUAGUUGUGCAUGUUCUCUCCUUAUUAUGGACGCUGGAAGCAAAGUACAGUGCAAUGGAGUUUUCUUUAUUUCAGGUUUUUUAAAAGCAAUUUAUUACUGUUUUCCAGUCAAUCUGCUUUUUGUAGUUUUA